CCGGAAAUCGAUCUCUUCCUUUUUCGACUGCUUUACAGCAAUGGAGCCGACUUGAUUGUCUAGAAAUGUAGACCCAGGAAGCAGCAACGAGAGCCCUUCAUGCCCGCUGCUGUGUCCUCGUCUUAUUGACGCCGCUUCGUGUCCACUGCGGAUAUGUGGACGCCGAUGAGAGACGCGGAGCGCCCGAGCUUCUGGCACCGCUACCGGCGGUGAGGACCAUGGUACUGAUGAUGCGGUCGUGUUGUUUUCUCUGACUCUCAAACGUCACAUCCCAACCAGACAGACAGAUACGAGACGAGCGUCGUUAAACUUUCCAAAAUGAGGCUCUUCAUGUGUCUGCUGAAAAACACUAACCCCAAAAUCGAGUAUUACUCCCGAUUUUCACCGUCUCCGCUCUCCAUCAAGCAGUUCCUGGAUUUUGGCAGGGAGAAUGCAUGUGAGAAAACAUCCUACAUGUUCCUGCGAAAGGAGCUGCCAGUGCGGCUGGCCAACACCAUGAGAGAGGUCAACCUGCUGCCUGAUAAGCUGCUCAGCCAGCCCUCUGUCAGACUGGUCCAGAAGUGGUACAUGCAGAGCUUCGUGGAGCUGCUGGAUUUCGAGAACAGGAAGCCAGAGGACCCUCACACUCUGAAUGAUUUCCUGGAGAUCUUGAUCGACAUCCGAAACCGUCACAACGAUGUUGUUCCCACCAUGGCUCAGGGGGUCAUCGAGUACAAGGAGAAGUUUGGUUUUGACCCCUUCAUCAGCAGCAACAUCCAGUAUUUUCUUGACCGCUUUUACACCAACCGCAUCUCUUUCCGCAUGCUCAUCAACCAGCACACUCUGCUGUUCGGCAACGACACCAACCCAGCCCAUCCGAAACACAUCGGCAGCAUCGAUCCCAACUGCAAUGUGGCUGAAGUUGUUAGUGAUGCCUAUGAUACUGCCAAGAUGUUGUGUGAGAAGUACUACUUAGCUGCUCCCGAGCUCAAGAUCGAGGAGUUCAACAUGAAAGCUCAGAAGAAGCCCAUCCAGGUGGUGUACGUGCCCUCACAUCUGUUCCACAUGUUGUUUGAGCUCUUCAAGAACUCGAUGAGGGCAACAGUGGAGCUCUAUGAAAACAGUAAGGAAGGGUUGCCGCCCGUAGAGAUAAAAGUCACUCUGGGUAAAGAGGAUCUGUCAAUAAAGAUCAGCGACAAAGGAGGAGGAGUUCCUCUGAGGAAGAUAGACCGACUCUUUAACUACAUGUACUCCACUGCCCCAACGCCCAGCCUGGAGCCAGGAGCCGUCCCAUUGGCAGGUUUUGGUUACGGUUUGCCAAUCUCUCGGCUCUAUGCUCGAUACUUCCAGGGGGAUUUGAAGCUCUACUCCAUGGAGGGAGUGGGCACGGAUGCUGUCAUCUAUCUGAAGGCUCUUUCCAGUGAAUCCUUUGAGCGCCUCCCUGUAUUCAACAAGUCAGCUUGGCGGCACUACAAGACCAGCCCUGAGGCGGACGACUGGAGCAACCCCAGCAAAGAGCCCCGUGAUGCCAGCAAGUCCAUUUUCAAAGCUAACAGAUAACUACCUGGCUUGCUAGCAUAGCUGCCUCUGCUGGGAGCCAGAAUGGCUGCUCUCUGUUUGGAGCAUGAACGCUGAAACUUUGGCUGCGGGUAAAAGCUUCAUUUAGGUAUUUGGUGUGGCAAUGCUUGGAAGAGUAGACAUUACAUUUAAAUCUCUAGAAGUCAGGACCUUUGUGUUAUAUUUAUGAAAGAAAGCCUUAUUUCUGGAAAAUUAAGGUAUGUUUGUUUUUUUUGUUUUUUUUUAUAACUCUGCCUUCCAGGCUUUACUGGAGCGUGAACAAUUUUAAAGAUAGGCAAUAUAAAUGAAAGUAGUCAGAAUAUUUAGUUUACAUUUGACUUGUUUAGCUUUAUUCUCCAAGGCUACCCAGGCACUGACCAUUAAUUAAAAGUACUAACGCUCAUCAGACCCUCCUGCUUGGAACCCUCAUGUAUCAACCACCAAAAGGACCAAAUGAGUCUUGUAUAUGAUAUACCGCCAUUCCAGCAUUGUGCACCGAAUAGCUUUACCAACACCAGCAAGAUGUAAUGUACCAAUGUUCAUAGAAAGGAAUGGAUCUGUCGCAUCUGAACAUUGGAUGCUGUUUUGCAUGUCUUCAUAUCAUGCUGCUGUGGAGGAUAAACAACACGCUCACUGCUUGGACCUGUUUUCCUAACUCUGCUUUUUAGCAUCGUCCAGUCGGCCUGGUGUUUCACUUGAACGUCUGCUGACCCCUACGUUCUUCUGAAUGAGUUGGAACAAAGUUUGUCAAUUUCAAACUGACUUUUGUGUUUUCUCAUGAUUAAAGUGAAAUAGAAGUUGCAGUUUCAGGGCUGACAGUUUUUUUUUUUUUUUUCAAUUGUUGAUUGCUUUUUAUGAUAUUUUAGUGAUAAUUUGAACAUCUAGUUUACGUUCUGGGAUUUAAAAAAAGGCACAUGGCACAAAAAGAUGAGUGUUCAGAGAGGCUGUUGGAGGAAAAAUAUUGUCGAAGGAUUCAAGCCUCUAGAUUUUAAAAUAUCUGAGCACUAAAUAAAAUCGAUUAGGUUUUUCUAUUUGUUUUCACUGAGGAACACUUUAUUAAGUCUAUAAUAUUGAGGUGAGUGGAUAGUUUUUUCCAGCGAGGCUCUGUUAGAGGGUUAUGUACAGUUAAUAUCUUACCUGCGGUAAGUAACUCCCUUUUGGCCUCAUUUAGUAUAAACCCAGAUUAGUUGGUCCUGGAGGAUGAAGCCAACAUCUAGGAGGACUUUUACCAUCAACUCAAAAACAUCAUCAUAUUAUUUUAUUAACCUUUACACCAUCCUGAUGUUUGCUUUCGGUGUUUAUAUACACAGAGGCAGAUGAGUAUUUACACAGGAAAUUUAGGCUGGAGGCAGUGCGCCACCAGUUUAUGUUCCUGUGGGCAACGUGCUGAGAACAGAAUAUGCAAAGCAUUUCCAGAGAAUCUACUUAAUGGAAAAGUAAAGCGGUGUAAAAAUCAACAACAAAGCAUCCCCUUAAACUGCCAUAGCAUUUUUGCCUUUUCCAUAUAUAUCUAGAAAUGCGUUACGUGUUCCACUCUCAUGUUUGACACAGGAAGAUCAAUGGCGGUGCACCACCUCCAAACUCUAUUUCCAUUGAUAAAAAUAAAUCUACUUUUCUGUUACAUGACGACGUUUUAAAGACUCAUAAGGUAGCCGUUGCAUUAAACCGCAUUGCCUUUUUGAGCAUUUAAGUUGUUUUAAGACAGUAGAUGUCUCCUUUGGACUUGACCCCUCUUUGGUUAGCCAUUAGCUUCAGGUUCUGGGACCAGUUAGUCUGUAUUUAUACAAAAUGAAGGUGUCAAGAGAGUAAUCUACUGGAUGCAAGUUAAAAACUGCAUAUAACUUUUUCAUAGAACCUUACUUCAACAACCCUGAACUAUCUCUUUUAAUAGGAACUGGUGAGGAGUUUCAUGCAUCUGAUGUGGUUUUCUUCUCUCAUCUCCUUUAGCUUCAUCUGAAGUGAAAUGAAAGAACUUGGUGUUGGAAAAGCUUCCACAUCCUGUAAAUUGUCUGCAUUUCACCCCUGCUGAUGCCUUUGUAACCUGCCAGUCAAACUGAGCGACACUCAGUGACACCCCUGCUGUUUUACAGAAUAGUAGUAAAUGUGUGGUCUCCCUUUAGACCAGUCCUGAUAUUUAUCAUUUUGGUUGUAAACAGAAAGGAACAUGGAAGAUGUUCCAUUUUCAAGCUGAGUUGUUGUAAACCAUUGCUGUCAUUAAAGCAUCUACUUGAUCCAUUUCAAACAAUAUUAACCUAAUGUGUAUGCUACAGAUAUAGUAUGCAGAUUGAUCCCUGUGAUUUCCGUCCUCCUGUACAAAUUGCUUAAAUUAUAUAUUUGUAUGCAAGAUAGACCAACAAUGCAACAUUCACCGAGAAGUAGAAGAGUUGUCUCAUCUUAUCACUCAGCAUGAGAUAAACAGUACAAUCUGUCAAACCUAUCAAUAAAGAAUACUCUUGUGUGGUCAA